CUUUCACAUAAUUAUUAUUUAAGGUAAGAUAAAAUAAUUCUGUACUGAUCUCCCACAGGGGAUAUUUGGGAAAAUUAGGAUGCUCUUAUGACAUAAAGAGAAUAUCCUAAGCAAGCAGCGUUCAGCUCCAGGUUUAUAUUUAUACUCGGCUUCUUUUGGGUUAGUAGGCUAGUCCAUGCAGACAACUGGAAAAAAUCCCAUGCAGGCUGUAAGGGCACACUUCUCUGUGUCACGUGUAGCAGCUCUUUGUAAAGGUUAACGCGGCUGUGCAGCCCUGCGCGUUAACCCUUUAGUAGGCUAGCAGUCUGAAGGAGCUCAGCACAAUCCAGAGCACACAGACAGGAAUGAUCAUCCGUCCUGGAUACAUGCGGAUAUUUCAGUUCUACUUCUUUGGCUUUGUUUCACGACCUCACCUCGUACCGAAAGAAAGGGAUGAAGAAUGGUGAAGUUCACGGGCUCUGCCUUUCAUCUUGCAGUCAACCGCAAAGAGAAAAGAGACAGACAGAGGGAGCGAGAGCGAGGCUCCCCAAGAGACUGACACGCUGAGGUAGACGGGCCGACCUACAUCCUGCUGUUUGCGUGGAGAUCUAGGACACUUCUCCGUCAGCUCAGCUUAGUGUGCCACUCUUAUGCUAAACCUUUAACAACCAACAGCAGAAAAGAAAAUCUGCCUCACCCAUGUAACUUUAAGGACAACUUCAAGACUGAUUUAUCCACUUAGGGUCUGUGAUACUUUGAAGAGUCUGGACACUGAAACAAAAACCCUUCUAGUGGAUAAAUGAGGGUUGCUAAUCCUGAGUUCCAGCUGUUCUUUCUGGCUAAUUUGGACACUUGAACUAUACUGAACCUCCAAUAAACCAACCAAGAACUUUGGGAGAAAACUUUUAAAGGUUGUUUUCACCACCAACACCCCCUUCCCUUGACUUCUGAACUGGUUCUAAUCCCAGUCACCCAAGAAACAUUUCAAACUGGCUGCCACUUGACAAGAAUGGAAAAUCUGACUUCAGCUCUCAAAACAUUAAACAAAAACUCAGGGAAUAACCUAAACUGCCUUGAGACCCUUAAUGGUUACGAAGAGUCUCCUGCUAUCCAAGGGAGUUCAGCUCGUCUGGGGCGCAUGAUCAAGCCCAAACCCAAUAUGACCUGCAGACGAAAGCGUGAGUUUAUUUCUGAUGAGAAAAAGGAUGCCUCCUAUUGGGAGAAACGGCGCAAAAAUAACGAGGCUGCCAAGCGAUCCCGGGAGAAGAGACGUCUCAAUGAUAUGGUUUUGGAAAACCGUGUCAUUGCACUGAAUGAUGAGAAUGUAAGGCUCAAGACAGAGUUGCUCCAGCUGAAGCUGCGCUUUGGCCUCAUAAGCACAGCCUCCUACAUUGAAAAGAGCCAGCAGAUUGGUGGAGGCAACAAUACGGGAAGUGGUGGCUCAUCCUCCUCAUCUUCUACUCAGUACUACUCCAGUGGUUACUCUAGCGGUUCUCAGGUUAUGAUGAACUCUGAUUCCUCAGAAACAGAGCAGUCAGGACGCAGUGAGGGCCACAGGCAGCUGGUGAAAUACUCCCCACGUGGCUCUCUCUCAGACAUGUCUGACGGAUCCUCCAGGGACAGCCCUGAACCAAUCCCUUUUGAGAUCAAACAGGAAGCUGACAGGCUGGAGAUGGACAUUGCCAAUGGCACCACCACUCAGAUUAUGUUCAACAUCCACCGUGGUCUGGCCUGUGUACCCACUCACCACCAGAUCCAGCAGCAUUCUCAGGAGCUGGAGGCCGUAUAUCACAGCCAACAGCAGCAACACCUUCACCACCACCAACAACAACAACAACAACCCAAUCAGGAGUCUGUUCCCGCUAUCAACACUGUCAGCCAGCCUGCCCCUAACCCACCUGCUGCUCAGAGGAGCGUCAUUUUGUAUGGCUCUAGCAGUGCCUCUUAUCCUGUGGACACACUGGCAAGGUCCCAGGACAUUGACCUGCAGGCAGCCCAGAAGCAGAGCAGCAGCAGCAGCAGCCGACUGUCCCAGUCCAUGGCAGAAACUUCUACAGAGACUCUGGCUGAGGUGACAAAACAACUGGAGAGGAAGACAUUAGACUCCCCGCCUUAUGAGUUCUCAGAGGGUCGUAAUGAGGUUGGAGAAAGACAGGUGUACAGAGUUUGCCAACUUUCUCAACAGCACCUGCAACAGGAUCAGCACCAGCACCAGCAAGUGGGCGAUGCAUCUGCAGAGCUCAUCCACAAACAAGUGGAGGAGGUCAACCAAUCCCACCUGUACCACCAUCUCCAGCAACCUCAUCAUUCAUACCUGAGUGCCCAAGAUGAGGAGCCACCUGUGCUUACGUACGAGGGUGGGCCCAGGAGCGAGCAGUGCUACCAAGGCCAAUCAAACUCCUCUAGCAAGGACACCUCGUCCAGUGAUGGAGAUCCCCGCAGUUCCGACAAAGAGGCCUCCACGGAUGAUGACGAGUCCCCCUCUUCAUCCUGCUCAGAUAUGGGCAGCUACCAAAACCAACAUCUUACCAGCAUCCACCAGCCUGCCUCACCUCCUCCAUCCUCCCAGGCCUGCUCUCAGGCCCAGGGCCGGGAUCCCCAAGGGGAGGUGAAGGGUACUGCACUGCCUCACAAACUCAGACUCAAACACAGAGCCAUGAGCUCCGGGAGCAGCGGCAACUGCUCUGGCCAGGAGUCCCCAACAACCCCUCCCUCUGCCACGCCACCUCCCCUGCCCCAGCACCCCUACUUGUCCUUCAUGCCACAAGCGAACAUUAAGCAAGAGAGACCGGGUGGAGUCUGUAAACAGGCAGCCUCAGGGGAGGGGUCCAAAAAGGAGAGUGGAAAAAAGGAGACAGGUGGACGACGAAACAAGAGGCGAGAUUAGGUGACUUUUGAAAGUUGUCACAACAUAAACAAAGACAUUUCUCCUCUAAGAACUACCCUGCCAUCAUGCCUUUGCCCUAUAAUCAAAUCCCCUUAUCAAGCCCCUGGGACAGGAAGCUGGGCUUUUCUACUCCCCUACUCCCAGUGUCACCAAAAAGGCUGGACAUCUUGUAGGGCUGUAUCAUAUUUGUAUAUAUUGUACAAACUCGUCAUUUCUUACAUCCUUUACAUAUUUACAGAAGCACUUUUGUUUAUGUAAUGAGAGGAGGAAUGGAACUGCCGGCUUUUCUACUUUACAUCCAACAAUAUAUACAGCACAGCGCAUCAGCAGACACCAACAUAUUGAUCACAUACAACAAGAAUGUAGGAAAAUGAAAAGUUUUGAGCUUUAUCAGUACUAUGGAUUUGGUACAUAUCUGACUGUAGACGAACAUAGCUACAAAUGUAUGGCUAUCUGCCUUAAUUAAAAUGCAAGCGUACACUGGGGACAUUCCCUCGACCAAAGAAGCACUAACACUACAAAUAUUAAGUUCCAUACCUCUUCCCAGACCCUACCUCUACCAACCCAUACUCUUCCCAACCAUCUCCAUUAUUUCACAAAAGAUCGCCAUCACCUUUAUUUUUUAAGCACUUGGUUUGUAUAUUACUGUGAUAUAUGAAUAUAUGUAUCUAUUAUAAAUAUAUAUUUUACAAAGAAAUUUGAAUACAAAUUCAACAAAAAUGCGACAAACCUGUAAUGGUAAAAGAGGGUUUUGAAAGUGACCAUACUAUUAAAAAUUGCAAUUACUGUACAGUCACAUUGUCCACUGUUGCUACAGGACCCAUCCGAUUUAAAACGCCUAUCUUUUGAUUGUUAAGCUUUAGCAUUAAACAUUUGUUAAUGUCCUGUUUACACAGAAAUGGCCGUCCAGUUUGGAGCGCCAACAGCACUGAAUGGAGAACACGUUGUUUCCUGAGGCCAGUGCCUCAUUAAAAUGUUUGAAUUUCUUAACCUUUAACCAGCCUUUAAAUAUUCGGUGGAAUUCACCAGCUGCAGGCUAUAAGCCUUUCUUUUAUUUGAGCUUUAUCAACCAUAUCUUGUUGCUGUUACCAUUCACUAGCCCAAUGUAUUUAUUUCCCUCUUCUCCACACGCCCAUCACUGUAGAAAAGCCCACAGGAACAUAGACGAAGAAUGUGUACAGACUUUUUGAGAUACAUACUGCAGCCUUGAGUAUGAACUGUAAUGUAGGCAUGGGAUGCUUGGGGACCAAAGCAGGAGGUCACAUUCAUGUAAACACACUACAGUGCACUGAGUUCUGAACAAGAUGCUCUUGCGUAACCCACAAGAGCAUUUAUUGACAUGAAAUGAGGAUUUGUAGUGUGACCAAGUAUGGCCCUUGAGGUUCAUAUUAGACCCCAGAUAAACCACUUAUUGUGAAAUUAAAGCCAAUGCUAAACCAAAUUUCUCUAAUCCUGCAAUUGGUGCCAGCGUUUAAGUUCCCCAACAACAAUCUGAGCUUAAAUUAAUGAAGAAGAGGACAUCCCUUGUUUCCCAUGUGCUUCCAUUAUUCAUCCCUUCCUCAUGGCUGUUCUGCUUCUGAGCAGUGAUGAAUUGCCUGCACUGGAUCUUAGUUUAACAAAAGUCUAUGUACCAUGUUUGGCUUUUUGGUGCUUGUGUAUAAAUGUAAAGCUCCCCCCACCCUUGAACAACACUGUAAUGUUUAUUUCAUUGGUUUAAUAUCUUCUUUUUUUCGUCAAGGUGUUGUUCUGUUUUCCUCUAUACUGUGUUUUUGCUCCUACUGACUGUGAUGACAUGUAUUUGCCUCAUUCCUCCUCCCCCCUCCCCCUUAUUUCAGUGUGUAUUAAUCAGUAAUGUUUGUGGUUUUGCUGAUGGUUUUAUGAAAAAGACAAGAGGGCAAAAAAAGAAACAGGCACAGAUAACGUGGUGUUUAGAGUUGGGUGGUGGUUGGUCUGGUUGGUCAUUACCAUCGCUUCUUUUGACAUGAAUAUGUAUGUAAAGACACUAAUGUUCAUUGUGGAAAAUGGGAGCAUUUCAAGUUCGAAAAAUAAAAUAAAAAGAAUGUUGACCAUA